AUGUCAGAUCCACGAUUCGCACGACUGAAGACGGAUCCUCGAUUCCGACGUCCGAAACAAAAGGAUCUCAAGGUCGAGAUCGAUGAUCGAUUCAGAGAUGUUUUAGAAUCAGAGGAAUUUGGAGGUAAAGGGAAGGGCAAAGGUAAAGCUUCAGCUCGAGUGGACAAACGGGGUAGACCAUUAGCUGGUUCACAUCAUGCAGAUCAACUAAAACGAUUUUACAGACUUCGUUCACCCGCUGAAGGUGAAGAAGGAGAGGGCGAGGGUCAAGCAGGAUUUGUCGACUAUGCGCGUGGUGGAGGCGAUCUACAAUCAUCGGGAUCAGAAUCGGAACCUGAAUCUGAGGUUGAAGAAGAAGAAUUAGAAGUAGGUGGAAAACGUAAAUCAAGAUUACCGGGUUAUGUCUCUUCAUCGGAUGAAGAAGAUGACAGCGAAGAUGAUGACCACCUGAAUAUCGAUUUAUCGGAAGACGAAGAUAACCAGUCGGCUUUCCCUCCUGAAUCAAAUGACAUCCCAUCGGACGAAGAUGAGGAAGAAGAAGCAUCUGUACCUGCUACCAAGAGAAUAGCAGCUGUAAAUCUAGACUGGGAUAAUUUACGUGCAGAGGAUUUAUAUGCUGUAUUCAAUUCUUUCUUACAAGCUUCAACAAAUACCAAGAAGGCAGCAGCUGAAGGAAGUAAAUCUGCUUCGUUGGGUAGAUUAUUGAAUGUAAAGAUAUACCCAAGUGAAUUUGGUAAGCAACGUAUGGAAAAGGAAGAACAAGAAGGUCCUGGCGGUGGUAUAUUUCUUAGUAAAUAUACCGACACAAAAAAGAAUAAGGGUCCAAAGGAAGGUAUCAUUCCGAGAAAGAGGGUUGAGGAGAGUGAAGAGGAAGAAUUAGAAGAAAGUGCAGAUGAAGAAGAGGAUGAGGCCGAACUGGACGAAGGCGAGCAAGAAGGCAGCAUUGAGAAUGAUGAUGACGAUGAUGGAGAAGAAUUCAGCAGUGAAGAGGAAGAAGAUUUUAGUGAGGAUGCCGAAGAUGAGAGAUUACCUAAAAGAUCAAAUGACCAACGUCGUGAAGAAAUUGAUGGACUGGAGAUUAUAUCGGAUGUUGCAUCCGAUGCUGGUUCAGAAGAUAUCGAUAUGGAUCAGUUGAGACAAUAUCAAUUAGAGAGAUUGAGAUAUUUCUACGCUAUCGCCACAUUUUCUUCAGUCGAAGCUUCAGAAUACGUCAUGAACGAAUGCAAUGGAACGGAAUUUGAACGAACAGCCAAUGUCAUGGACUUGAGCUAUGUGCCGGAAGGUAUGGACUUUGCCGAUGACGAGAUCAGAGACGAAGCGACGAAAGAGCCUAAAGCAUACAAAGGAAACGAUUUUGUGACUGAUGCUCUUCGGCAUUCCAAGGUGAAACUGACCUGGGAUCAAGAUGAUCCCAACAGGAUAAAAAUGACUAGACGUACAUUGACUAGAGAGGAAAUUGAAGAGGAAGACUUCAACAAACUAGUGGCUGGAUCAGGUAGUGAAGUUUCCUUAUCUUCCGAUGAAGAGCAAGAAGUCGCUGAGAAGAGUUCGAAGGGUGUAAAGACUCAAGGGAAAGAUAAGAAAUUGAGUAAAGCAGCGAAAAAAGAACGCACCGAGAAAUUAAGGAAUCUGUUAUUAGCUGGAAACGAUGAAGAUGGUGAUAUAUGGGGUAAAGCAGGUACAUCUUGGUCUGACCAAUUGGAGAAUAUAAAGAAUGCCGACGAUUCAAAAUCUGCAAUCAAGAAGAAUAAGAAAGACGAUGGAAUGGAGAUUACUUUUAAACCUGCUUUAUCAACUAAAUUAAACGAAAAUGGUGAUAUUGACGAAGAAAAUAUGACUACACUGGAAAAAUAUCAAAUGAGAAUGAAAGAAAAGAAGAGUAGAAAGAAGGAGAAAUUAGAGCUUAGACGUGCUACCAAAGCUAUAAGUGAUGAAGAAGAUGAAGCUGCAGAAUCAGGAUUGAAACAAAAGGAGAAAGAUGAUUUCUUUGGCAGUGAAUCUGAAGAAGAAGAUCGGUCCAAACAUGAAGCCGAGCCUGAAACUAAACCUCAAAGCAAAGGAAAAGUAGCGAAUGGUAUAUCGACAUCAAAAUCGAAACCUAACCCUAUAGUGGAAGAAAAGGAAGACUUUUCUGAAUUGGUUGGAACAUCGGAUAAACCAGACACGAAUUUCUCAAUGAAAGAUAUAUUGAAAUCUGAGAAAGAGAAGAAACGACGUAGAAGAAGAGGAAAGAAAGAUAUCAAUGCUGAACAAAGAGAAGAGGAGAAGGAAUUAGGUCCAGAUGGAUGGAAAAUAAACGUUUCAGAUCCUAGGUUCAAAGUUAUUCAUGAGGAAGCUGAAUUUGCCAUUGAUCCAAGUAAUCCUCACUUCACGAAAACAAAAGCGAUGCAAGAUUUACUCACGCACAGGGCACAACUUCGACAGAAGAAAUCGAAUGAACAACCUGAAACCAUCAAGUCUGCUUCUGGAGUCAAGAGAGUAGCUCCAGGAGAAGAAGAUCAAAAGGACUUGUCUGAUUUAGUCAAAAGUGUGAAAAGGCAAAUGGAAAGAGAAGGUGGUAAGAAGAGGAAACGAAGUAGGAAGUAG